AAAAAACACAAGAAACUUAUCAAAAGAGACAUCAUCAAUCUGAUGUAUCAGCUGAAUAUUCAACACAUGUUAUUGAUCAGACACAAGAACCUCAACCAAAACGUGUUAAUAUAAGUAAACAUCAAACAACAGAGGAAGAAUUAGCAAUACUAACACCAUUAGUGAAUGCUACUCCAACAGAAGAAUAG